AUGGCCAGCUCCAGCCCGUUGAAGGUAGAACCGAUCACGAUCGACGAUAUCCCAGCCCUCAUAGAGAUCUGGUUUGCCGCCUUUACCAAUCCGCUCAUGCAGGAGAUAUUCCCCGAUACGCCAGGCCUGCGUGAAUGGCUCACAAAAAUUUUCCUGCACGAUCUAAGUAACCGGCCCUUCCAACAUACAUUGAAGGUUAUGGAUCUCGAUUCCAAAGAUCUUCAGGGCCGACCGCGGAUGAUGGCGUGGGGCAAGUGGGAUUUAUCAAUGCCUGAGGAACGAGGCUUGCGAUUUUCUCUGCCUUGGGCUGACGACAUGCCUGCGGAAAAAUGCAAUGGCUUUUUCAAUACUUUGGAAGAGAAUAGAAAGCAGGUUAUGGGGGAUGAGAAACAUUUCUACUUGGAUACGUUGUGCACUCAUCCUGAUUACUGGCGACGAGGUGCUGGCUCAAUGCUUGUACAAUGGGGAUGCGAUCUAGCAGAUGAACAGGGCGUUUCAGCUUAUGUGGAUGCUAGUAAAAAGGGCGCACCUCUAUAUCAAAAGUUCGGAUUUGUUGAUAAUGGCGAUCCUAACGAGGAAGUUGCUUCCAUGGCUCGCCGCAAGUCUUGA